GCAAUCCCAAAGUCAAUCUGUCCAUCACGGGCAAUACAGAUCGAUGCACAUGUAUUUGUAUGCGGAGCUCCUUUUAUGAUCGGAUUUGCGCUUUUUAUAAAUUUGAACAAUACUUCUAUGUUCUCUUCUCGGAUUUUUGUUUCUUGAACAGUCGAGAAGUAAUGUGCUUGCUAAAAUGUUCCACACGUUGAUAAAUCAAGACGGACUUGGUUUUAAUGUAUCAUUAAUCUUAUAGCGGAACCUAACCUCCAAACGUGCGAAACAUCUGUCCGAAAACAAAUUUAUUAAACGCAGUGAUGGCAGAUGUACGUGAUAUUUUGGAUAUUGAUGUACCGACAACUACGGAACUUACGAAAGAGUCGAUAUUGGGCAAUGAUAAAAAGAAUCGCAAACGAUAUGACUACAACAAAGUGCCGAAACGUCCUGAGGGCAUGCAUCGCGAAGUAUUCGCCCUCCUCUGCAAGGACAACAAUGAUGUGCCACCGUUGUUUCCGACUGACACCGCGAAGGGCUAUAAGCAGGUGCGAGCUAAGCUCGGUAUGAAGAAAGUCAGGCCAUGGAAGUGGACACCGUUCACCAAUCCAGCACGCACUGACGGUGCGGUCUUUCAUCAUUGGCGUCGCGUCGCCGAUGCCGGGAAGGAAUAUCCCUUCGCGAAGUUUAAUAAAAAAAUUCCUAUCCCUACUUAUACGAAUGCUGAAUACGUUCAGCAUUUAGUGAGCAACGGUUGGACACGAGCAGAGACCGAUCACCUGUUUGAUUUAUGCAGAAGAUUUGAUCUUAGGUUUAUUAUUAUUAAGGAUAGGUGGGAUCGUGCCAAGUUUCCUGCUAGAUCUGUCGAAGAUUUAAAAGAGAGGCAAGAAGCAGUUGAGUCAGCUGGAAUUAAAUUCCCCGAUUUUAAAAAUAGUGGUGUCACGCUUCGCUCUCAAAGAAUCAAAUUACCAAGCAGUCUUGGUCAAAAGAAAAUGAAAGGCAUUGAACAAAUGUUGAAUGAGUUGCGUUUAGAACUAAAUCCACCACCAACAGAACAAAUAUGCCAGCAGUUUAAUGAACUGCGUAGCGACAUAGUUUUGCAUUACGAAUUGAGAAGUGCAUUAUCAACCUGUGAUUACGAAUUACAAUCUUUAAGGCACCAAUAUGAAGCGUUGGCACCAGGCAAGACUUUAACAAUACCACCAGCGCUCCUACCAAAAACAGAACCAGAAGUUAAAGCGGAUAUUAUUGACGUGGUAGGAUCACCCAGCACGCCCAGUAUUAUUCAUUAAAAAAAUAAGAAUUUUUAUGUAAAAUACAGAUUAAUUGAGUAUGCUCUGUAUAUAUUGUUAUUUUAAUUAUCAACAUAUUAAUUUUCGUAAAGGAAAUGAUCGAGUAUGCCUUACCCAUAACGAUGUAUUAUAUUACGAAGCAAUUUUUAUUUUAUACUAAAGAAAUAAAU